ACGAAUGGACCGACUUGGCGGUUGUUGUAGCAACCGUCUUUCAUCACGUACAUCGUAUGUAUGGUCGUUAGUUGAAGAAGCGAAUCGUUUGUUAAAAAAGUGUGUAUCUACGUUUAACUUGCGUUUAACUCCGACCAGUGUUGUUUGUGUUCGUUCGGGACAGAGUUAGCUAGAUAUCUCACUGUGGCUAAGAGCUACUGUGCAUUAGCCGAACACGGGAAGUGGUGCAGCAGCGAGACUCUCCUGCAGGAAACAGUGGGAUGAGAAUCAUCUCUGCUUUGCUUGUUUCGCGUUGUUUUUUAGUGUGAACUGAGGAGCUAGUAGCCGUGUUAGCAUGUCGGCUGUUAGCAGUCUCGUCCCUGCACGGUUUCUCACCAUCAUAGCUCAUCUGGUCAUCGUUAUCACCAUCUUCUGGUCAAGGGAAAACAAUGUAAAGGCCUGUUUGCCUCUGGAUUUCACGCAAGAGCAAUAUGAAAUUGAAGACAGAAACUUGGUGGUGGCACUGGCCGUCACCCUCGGGCUGUUUGCCAUCGAGCUGGCUGGAUUCUUCUCAGGAGUUUCCAUGUUCAACUGCAGCCAGGGACUCCUCUCUCUGGCAGUCCACUGCAGCGCAUCUGUCUCCUUGUCUUACUUUGUAUUUGAGAAGUGGGAGUGCUGGACAUAUUGGGUUAUUUUUGCUGUCUGCAGCGUGUUACCUGCGUUUGUGGAGAUUCUUCUGUUUGUAGCUGUUUUUGGUCUGAAGAAGAAGCCCCUAUGAAAGACGAUCCAGAUGUGAAGUGCUAUGAAAUCAGUCCACUGUAGCUUUUUUGUAACUUUGUGGAGAAAUGAAUGCUUACUUGUAAAUAAUAUUCAAUCUCUUUGUUUGUCAAAUUUCUAUGUAAAAUCUUAGAUUGCUAUUUUCAUUCCAAAUAUACUUUGUACAAGUUCUUUCUUAAA